AAAUUGAUUUAUAUAUAUUAUUAUCAAGGUAUGUGCACAGUUAUAGAGAGAUAUAUCAAUCUAUGGCUGAUUACAUGACACGAUUAAAUUGGUUCUGUAACACGUUCUUAUCACGAAUUCCGCUCAUGAGCUUGGCGCCAAAUCGCAAUCGCAAACGCAAUCGCGCCUAGCCACACCUGUGCUACUCCCACACGCCGUUGAAGAACAGGACCAACCGAAGCGAAUCGCAAUCUAAUCAAUCGAUCGCAGGCUAUAUUGAUCACACAAUAGAACUAUUGUUAUCAGCUAGCUGUAUCUUCUAGCCACACAGAAGAGGUCUAUACAGAUAGAGAUAAGAUCAACAGAGACGUUCAGUUAGCGCAGGGCCAGCGAGGCGAUGGUGUCCCAGGAGCAGAAGGUCUAUGGGGAUACGACGCAGCCGCUGCCGCGACGUGACCGGGGCGGCUACUACAACAGGAAGGACAAGAGCGAUCUCGGCGAGAAUUUUGUGGCGCCCGAUGGCGGCUGGGCGUGGCUGGUGUGCGUCGCCGCUGGCGUAUCGAAUCUAUCGCUGUAUCCGUGCCUGCAGCAGUUCGGCUUCAUGUUUCGCGAACGGCUCAUCGAUCUGGGCAUGAGCAGCUCACAGGUGACGGCCAUCAUCAAUACGAAUCCCGCGGUCUCUGCCUGCACGGGCCUGCUCAAUGGGCCCAUGUUCCGGCGCUUCACCUUCCGCCAGGUGGCCAUGGCCGGUGCUCUGCUCUGCUUCACGGGCAUCGUGCUGACCGCCUUCUGUGAGACCUUUGCUGGCUACAUAUUCGCCUAUGCGAUGCUUUACGGCUUCGGCAUGGGCAUCAGCGUGUCGGCCUCCUCGCUGGCCAUCAACACGUACUUUCAGCAGAAGCGCCGACGCGCCGCUGGCUUCUCGUGGACCAUCACCGGCUUGGGACCGAUCUUUCUGCCAUAUCUGGUCACAUUUCUGCUGGGCAUCUACGAUGUCCAGGGCACGGUGCUGAUCUUUGCCGCCAUUGCGCUGCACAGCUUUAUCAGUGCGCUCAUCUACCAGCCGGUGCGCUACCAUGUGCCGCCGGAGGCGUCGGCGAGCGCCGCGGGCGCAGCGCUCAUGCAAGUGGAGCAGCAGCCGGAGAUACUGUGCGCCCAUUGUGCGCUGCAGCGCAAGCGCGAGCCGGGCGGCAUCUUCUCCAGCCAGUAUCUGUAUCAGGAUGACGACGCCCAGCGGCCUGGCUACGAGAUCAUUGAGCCGGGCACGCCCAUGUUGUCGCGGGCGAACGACGGCUGGUAUGGCUCCAAGCUGUCGCUGACCUCGGGGCGUAUGCGCUUUCGCACAGUGUCCAGCUCCAAGGACCUGGAGCAUACGCAGCGCCUGCGCUGUCCCAUCAGCGAGGAGCACCAGCAGCAGGACGAAGAGUUUCUGCGCCCAAACAACUUUCGGCGAGAGCGCGAGGAGUCCAUACUCGAGUCGAAGCUGUGCUGCAGCUGCGCCGAGCAGCGGGCGCUCUACGCGGCCCGGCAAACUGAGCAGCUCGAGUCCAACAACAACAACGAGGCGGAGCUGCCCAAUCCGGCCAAGAUGAGCUGCAUACAGAAGAUCGUCACGUUCUUCGAUUUGGAUCUGCUGCGCGACAUCACCUUUGUGAACCUGGUCGCCGGCCUGACGGUCAUCAAUUUCGGGGAGCUGAACUUUUCGAUUCUAACGCCGUUCAUCUUGACGGACUUUGGCUUCGAUACGCCACAGAUCACGGUGGCCAUGUCACUGAUGGCCGGCAUGGACAUCACCAUGAGAUUUCUGGUGCCGUUCAUCACGGAAAAAAUGCCCUGGGAUAAUCGCGUCUUCUUUCUCAUUGGCGUCGUUGGCAUUGCCAUCGGACGCACCAUCGUGGCCUGCACAAGAUCCUAUGCGGGCAUUCUUGCCUGCUUCGUGUGGAUUGGCCUGUGCAAGGGCGUGCGAACCAUCUUCUGGCCACUGAUCAUACCCGGCUACGUGCCGCUGAAUCGUCUGCCAGGUGCCUCCGGCCUGCAGCUGCUCAUCUCGGGCCUCUUCACGCUCAUCUGCGGUCCCUUCGUGGGUCUUGUGCGAGAUCGCUUCAACUACUCGGUGGCGCUGCACUGCCUAGAUGCGCUAUCAUUUUUGGCCGCUGCUUUGUGGGCUUUUGAGGCGCUGCUGCGACGCCACAGACGCAAGCUGGCCAGUUGAUUAAACUCUUAAAUAUAUGAACACAUUUUUUUUUUAGCAUUAAGCUCUUUUGUAAAUUAAGCACAUUUAUUGUAU